UUGGGCAGCACAAGCCCGAACUUGUCCGGGGCGGGGCGGGGCGGUGACGUCACGGGUUUGGGCGGUGACGUCACUGGUGGGCGUGGCCAGCCCCGAGCCGGUGCCGAACGAACGCGCCCGUCCCGAGCGGUUCAUGCGGCUGCCGGAGCGAUGGCCAGAGCGAUGCGGGAAGGGACCCUCGGGGAGCCCCCAGCCCCCCUCCCCUCGCACCCCUCCAAUUGUGGGGGAGGGGGCGGGGGGGGGGCGCCCCCCCAGCGCGGACCCCUCCCCAUCCCCAUCCCCCCCUCCCCCAGCCCGGACACGCGGCUGAGCUGCAGAGGGGGCGGGGACCCCCCGGGAAGCCCCCCGAGUUUGGGGGGUUACGGGUGGGGAAGGCACGGUGAUUUCCCCCCCACAGAAGACCCCGAGAAUUUGGGGACCCCCCGAAUUGAGGGGGGGGUCGCCCCCAACGGGCUCCUGGCAGGACCCCCCCCCCCCAAACCCCGAGCAGAUCCUGGGGGCGCGGCUGAGGCUCCUGGGAGACGCCUUCCAGCACAGCCACGAGCGCCAGAGACGCGGCGUUUUCUGGCUCUUCCGCUGGGUGGCGCCCUGGCUCGGCGCGGCGCCCGCAGCGCCCCUGGCGGCCCGAGGGGGGAACUGACCCCAAAACAGCUGGAAAACAUCUGGAAAAACAGCUGGGAACAGCUGGAGAACACCUGGGGAACAGCUGGAGAACAGCUGGAGCAUCCCAAGCGCGGCUGGAGGGGGUGGAACCCCAAAAGAAAGAAGAAAAAAAGCACAACCCCCCCCCCCUAAAGUGGAGUUGGUUCGGUCCGGCUCGCCCUAAUUUCAUUUAUUUGAGGGAUUAAUGAAUUUAUUGGGGGGGGUUGGACUGAAAUUUUUGGGGUUUUGAACUGAAAUUUUUUGGGGUUUGGAAAUUUUGGGUUCUCCUAAAU